AUAAUUUUUUGAAACUUCAAACUUCAAUUUCACGUGGUUUUCGUAAAAGUGCCCUAUUUUCGGCAUGCUUAAUUUUGUAUAUUUGUGAAUUCUAUUCUUAAGUGAUAUGCAUCGUCUCAUUUCAGCCAAGAAUUUCUACCCGAGUAGUUUUCAUGGGAUUGGUUUACCCCAUUGUACUUUAAAAAUUAUUCGAGCUUCAGAUUUAAAAUGUUCAUUCUGUCAAAAGGUUUUUCUUCAAGCACAUAAUCGAGACUUCAACAUUCUUACCAGGCAUCAGUCAACCAAACCUGCCAGCGUCAGAUCGCAUAAAAAGAAGUUAAAACAUAGCAAUUACAAAAAAUAUGGAGAGCUACUUGAAGUUGGAGAGACUGCGAUGACAGAGAUGAAAGUGUCAAUCAGUAAAUUGCAUGCUGCACACCUAUCCAAACUAGCCUCUAGUUCUGUUUCACUUGGUCAACUUCAUCAGCUCACUAAAAAAACUCCUAAAAAAGAUGACAUAAAAGUUGAUCAAGAACUACUGCAAAGUGUUAAGGAGAAGAUUUUAAAGAAGAACACAACCAUGCCAGUGAUUAAUAGAGAUAUAAAAUUAGAAGAUGACGAAUGUGCUUUGGUUUUUACACAUCAUAAAAUAUCUUCAAUUGAAGAAAGAUUUAAAACCAGCCAGUAUAUUAAUAUGGUAAAGGAGAGUUAUUACAAUUUUCGAAAGGCUACUAUCUAUGACCAGCGCUUACAAGAUUUACGGUAUGCUAUCAAUGAGGGACUGACACAGGAAUUUGACCUUGGAAUGUCACCAAUUAGGAAACCAGAUAAUAUAGAUGUUGAGCCUCAAGCUUUACCAAAGAGUCCCCAUGCUGUUUUCAAAGAGCUAUUUGUAGAUAAUCCACUGGAGAAUUAUGAUAGAGAAUUCAUGCAUCAAAUGUCCAAUUAUCAAUUACAAGGUAUAGCACACCCUGCAUUAGAUGUUUGUGAUGAAUCUGUAUUUCAUCAUGAAAUAGAACCCAGAGAUGAUUACGAGGAUGGGUCCAGUGAAUCUCUCAAUGUUACAAAGUUGAACAUAAAGAAAGCCCAGCAGGCGAUAAAGCAAAAGAAGAAGAAAAUGAAAGAGAAACGUAGAAUGGCACAAGAGAUCAACAUGAAGCAGGACAUGCGUGAGCUGGAGAAGCAAGGCAAGCAGCAAACGUUGCACAAACUGCUCACAGCACAUUUGCAGCUGUUGUGCUCACUUAAUAUGAUACAAGAGGGUCAGCAAGUUUUACAGUAUUACAGAAAGAGGCAAACACAUUCACCUGAUAAUCCAAAAGUUAUGGAUGUCAAAGUUUACAACACAUUGCUGCAUGGAUAUGCAUCACAGGGAAAUAUAGAUAAUACCAAAGCACUCUUGUCGUUUAUGCAAGAAGAUGGAGUAAUAUCCAAUGCUCAAACAUUUGCAGCGAUAUAUGAAUGUAUUGAAAGGAGUAAUAUUAAACAGAAGUCAUCAGUAUUAGAAUUCUAUAAUCAAAAGAUGCAAGAAACGGGUAUUACAUUAAAUGAUUUAUUAGAUAAAACUAAAUUUGUCUAUGACCAGCGUGAAGUUGUGUUAACCGCAAUUCGUAGGUUGCAACCUGAUUUUGAACCUUCAUACACUCCACCAGUACUCGAUUAUGACUGCCCUUUACUGGAAAAGUUAAAACUAUCUGAUACAACAAAUAGAAAAGGUUUGCUCACUUCACCAGCUGAAGGGUUACUCGGUUUAGAAGAUAUGAAGAAGAAAGGUCAAAUGCAGUUAGAUAUGGAGAUUACUGGAGAGAUUGAAGUUCAAAAUAUUGCUGUACAAGAUGUUGAAACGGACAGUGUGAAGUUAUAUAGGACAAAAUUGCGUGAAACGGAAGAGGAAUGGCGUACAAUUAUAAAAGAGGCAUUUUUACGCAACUUAAGCACUCUGAAGUCACAAAGUAAUGCUUCACAUUCCGCCAUCACAUUGUACCCAUAUCUGAAAGUUUUAGAGGUUGAUCAAUUUGUUGAAUUAAUGAUGGGUGAAAUUUACAAGUUAGUUGAUGGCAGUGAAAGUUACAGCCCUACUCUCAAAUUGUUGCAGAGGUCUCUCGGAACUCAAGUAUAUCAUAAAUAUCAAAUAGAACAGUACCGACGUAACGGCGUGCUGCAGAAGAUCGAGCAGAUAUACGAGAAGUACUGUGAGUGGUAUUUACAUCGUCACUCGGUAGAUGGCUCUGAGCAGCCGUACAAUGGCCGACAAGUGUGGCAGAUGUUGGAACAUCAGAAUAGAGAUGGUGCUAGUUUGGAUUUGGAUGAGACGCCAUGGCCAAUGGAAAUGCGUCAGAAUAUCGGAAAGUUUUUAUAUAACAUCAUAAUUAAUGAUGUCAAAAUAGAUGUCAACAUAUUUAAAACCAAAGCCAAGCAGAAAAAGUUACCGGCAGUAUACAAGGUUCACCGUCCAUGGGGUUGGCUGGUUCGUCUGGAACUGAAGCCGCAUCCGGUGGUGGCGCGGCUGUGGGCGGCGGCGGCGCGCCCAUCACUGCGCAUGCGCGCCGCCCUCGCGCCCACACUCGCUCCACCCGCGCCCUGGCGCCAUCACUCCGCCGGCGCCUACCUCGUCACUGAUACACCGCUCAUACGGUUGCCAUUUUACGUGUCAAAUCAAAUGAAUCGGAUAGAAGAGUCUCCCCAGAACGCGCUGUACCCAGUGCUGGACAGCCUCAACCAGCUAGGAGAGGUUCCAUGGGUCAUCAAUCAACCUAUCCUAGAUCUGCAGAUAAAAGUUUUCAGGUCAGGUGGUAAUAAGAAGCUGGAUAUUCCAUCCCCGGCGUCUUCACUGGACGCGUCCCAGUUCGCAGGGGGCGGAGCUAGCAGCGGAGGCGGGGCUGGGGGCGGGGUGAGCGCGGCUACUAACUACAAACGCCGGCUCGCGAUCAACCGAGCGCGCGCUGACAUGCAUUCGCUGUGGUGUGACGCUCUGUAUAAACUAUCGCUCUCUAAUCAUUAUAGGGACUGUAUGUUCUGGUUGCCACACAACAUGGACUUCCGUGGUCGUGUGUACGCGGUGGGGCCGCACGUGUCCGCACUGGGGGCGGACGCAGCGCGUGCACUGCUCCGCCUCGCACAGCGCCGCCCGCUCGGCCCGCGCGGCCUGCGCUGGCUGAUGCUGCACGCUGUCAACCUCACCGGCACUAUGAAGAAUAACACGUUAGACGAAAGGUAUGAAUACGCACAGAGUAUAAUGGACAAGAUCCUAGACUCAGCGGACAAACCGCUGGACGGCGAGGGCUGGUGGCAGCGCUCCGAAGAGCCCUGGCAGACCCUCGCCUGCUGCAUGGAGAUCGCCAACGCCGUCAGAUCUCCCAACCCGGAAGAGUACGAGUGCGGAUUCCCGGUGCACCAGGACGGGUCGUGCAACGGGCUGCAGCACUACGCGGCGCUGGGCGGGGACGCGGCGGGCGCGGCCGCAGUCAACCUCGCCCCGCUGCCACGCCCACAGGACGUCUACACAACUGUCGCUAAAAUGGUGGAAGAGAUGCGUGCUCGCGACGCGGCGGCCGGCGUACCCGCUGCGCUCGUGCUGGAGAACUUCGUACGAAGGAAAGUUAUCAAACAGACUGUGAUGACCACUGUGUAUGGAGUCACCAAACAUGGCGCCAGAUUGCAGAUAGCCAAGCAAUUGAAAGAUAUCGAGGACUUCCCCAAGGAUCAAGUGUGGUCAUGCUCUCAGUACCUGACUACGAAGACGUUUGACAGCCUGCGGGAGAUGUUCACCUCCACCAAGCUCAUACAGGACUGGUUCACUGACUGCGCCAAAUUGAUAUCUGGGGUGUGUGGUGAGAGUGUGGAGUGGGUGACACCGCUAGGUCUGCCUGUCGUGCAGCCGUACUACCGGCGUGCUAACUCAGCGCACGCAGCCGCACCACUCGACCAUCACCAACGUCCGUGUACUAUGAAGCAGCGCAACGCUUUCCCGCCUAACUUCAUCCACUCGUUGGACUCUACGCAUAUGAUGACGACCGGCCUGCAUUGCGCCGCCGCCGGACUCGCCUUCGUCUCCGUGCACGACUGCUACUGGACUCAUCCCGACACCGUCGACACCAUGAACAAGAUCUGCCGCGAGCAAUUCGUGGCGCUGCACUCGCAGCCGAUCCUGCAGGACCUCUCCAAGUUCCUCGUGCAACGGUAUAGCUACUCGCAAAGUGAAAUAGAUACACGUGAAGGUUUAGGUACGGAGAAUAAGAAGCGAGUGAACAGCGUGCUGGGUCGUGUGCCGCCGCGCGGGGACUUCGACAUCAAUAAUGUACUCAAAUCUGUAUACUUCUUCAGUUGAACAAUACACUCGAAUAAUGUCUACUUAAGAUUGUAUAUAUUUUUAUAUUUGACAUCAAAGGUAUUGUUUUAUUAACUAUGAUAAACAUUUCAUUGAUUAAUUA